AUGUUCAGCGCCUCGGCGAACCUCACGGCGCGUCGCUUUGCUUCGACGCGCUUUUUCAGGUCCGCUCGCGCCGCCGCCUCUCGCGGCUGCCGCGGCGUUCGCCUCACCGCACCGCGCGCGCGAUUAGACGUUGAAUGUCGCCCCGAAUCCUACUCCGAGGAGCUCGCGGAGAAGAUCGCGAUCGCGCGAUCGCACUUCGACGACGUCUGCGCGCUGCCAACGCAGACGGAGACGCACGAGAGCGCUAGGACAGAGUUUCGCAUGCGCGCCGAGUUCAAGGUGUGGCACGACGGUGAUAGGAGUUAUUACGCGAUGUCGGACUCGGAUAGACCGAAGGAACCGGUGGAGAUCGCGGACUUCCCGAUGGCAUCGAAGAAAAUCAGAGAGCUCAUGCCGGCGCUGUUACGAGAGGUGACGAAGACGGAGACGCUGCGUAGAAAACUGUUUCAGGCGAAUUUUCUCACGACGACGACGGGAGAUGCGGUGGUGAGCCUGUUGUAUCAUCGGCAGUUGGAUGAUAACUGGGAGCGCGAGGCGGAGGCGAUGCGAGCUCGGUUGGGUAUCGACAUCAUUGGACGGGCGAGGAAGCAAAAAAAGGUGCUCGCAAAGGAUUUCGUGACGGAAAAGGUGGUGGUAGAUGGUAGAGAAUUUAGCUACAAACAGUUGGAGGGGUCGUUCACGCAGCCGAACGCUGGGAUCGCUGCGCAGAUGCUCGAAUGGGCUAGGUCGGUGGCGACGAACGAUUCGCCCGACGGCGAGGGAAGCGUGGACGUCAGUACAAGAGAUUUAUUGGAGCUCUACUGUGGCAACGGGCAUUUCACGAUUGCACUCGCGCCGUUGUUUCGCAAGUGCUUAGCGACGGAAAUAUCUAAAUCGUCGGUGGCUGCGGCACAAGUGAACAUGGCAGCGAACGGUGUGGAUAACUUGGUCAUCGCGAGGCUCUCCGCGGAGGAACUUUCCGACGCGCUCAAUGGUGGACGCGAGUACACCCGCCUGAAAGAUAUCAAUCUCGCAUCGUACGAUUUGAGCACGAUACUCGUCGAUCCUCCCAGAGCUGGGAUGGGAGACGAGGUGAGCACAUUCUGUGCGCAAUUCGAGAGGAUUAUUUACAUCUCGUGCAACCCGGAGACGCUGGCGAGGGACUGCCGUGUUCUCUCGAAGACGCAUGACGUCAAAAGGUUCGCCGUCUUCGAUCAAUUUCCGUACACGCCGCACCUCGAGUCCGGGGUUCUCCUCAAGAAACGAUAG